AUGGAGGAUAAUAUUGUUUAUUUUAUUACAGGAGCUAAUAAAGGAAUCGGACUCCACCUAACCCGCACCCUCCUCCUCCGCCCCAACACAACCGUUAUAUCCACACAACGUACUCCCAACCUCGACACCUUACCAACUACACUCUCCUCACUCACCGCUGCUCCGGGAUCCAAACUCAUCAUUAUCCCACUUGAAUUCUGUACUUCUGAUACCGGGGUCCACAAAAACACAGUUUCAGACCUAGUCUUCCGCCUAGAAAAUGAGGGCGUACACCACAUCGAUACCAUAAUCCUCAAUGCCGGAGCCGCUACAUCUUUUCGCUCGGUAGCAGAGACGGAUAUAAGUGAGGUGCAGGCGCAUUUUGAAAUUAAUACGUUAUGGCCGAUUCAGAUAUGGCAGGUUUUGAGGGGGCUUUUGGUUGGAGGGGUAAAGGGAGAAGAGGUGCCAGUGCAAACAAAGAAAAAAACCCAAAAGAAAAUGAUCUAUAUAUCGAGUGCACUAGGAUCCAUAACCAGCAUGCACGAUGCAACACCGAGUUUGGCUUAUGGUAUUAGUAAAGCGGGUGCGAACUUUUUUGUGAGGAAGGUGCAUUUUGAGGAGGAUAGGGGGGUUGUGGCGCUCGCGGUGCAUCCUGGAUGGGUCAAAACACACAACGGACAGUUCUUUGCAGAUAGUGUCGGGGUGAAGGAACCACCGAUGAGUUUAGAGGAUAGUGUGGAUGGAAUACUUAGACAGAUCGAUAAUUCGACUAGGGAAACGACUUCGGGGAGUUUUGUCUCGUGGAAUGGGGAUGUUAUUCCUUGGUAA